UGUAGGAAUGGAGCAUUAUCAUUUAUUAUUAUUUGGAUGAACAGAGUGUGUGAAGAAAGGAAGAAAGCAUCGAUUGUCUAUGAAAGGAAGUUUGACGGGAUGAAUGGAGGAUUUACAAAAUGCAGUUGUGCUCAAACAUAAAUUAUUUUAUAAAAGAUGUUGUAACUAAAAUAAACCAGAUUCAGUGAUUAAAUCAGCUUAGUUCUCAUUUCCGCCGCCUGGUCCCACAAUUUUGGGGGCUCGUCCGGGAUCGAGCGUGGAAAUGAGAAAAAAACGACGCGUGAUGAGCACACAGGACGACGACGGCCAUUAAAGACGAAGACGAAAAUACGACGAAAUAAAUUGGAAAAAGUGAUUGGUGACAAAGUUGGUCGCUAGUCACUAAAUAUUUGAAGACGAAGACGAAAAAUGACGACGCAAACAAGAAACGACGGAAGAAGUAACGCGAUGCUUGGUAGCAUGGUGUCCAACGACAAAUUCUGCGGAAUUACAAAAUUCAGUGGAGAAGAUAAGACAUAUUCUUCGGCGAAGUGGGCCGCCGAUAUUGAAGAUAAUGCCGAAAUAUUUGGAUGGAGUGCCCGGCAGAAACUCAUUGUAGCUCGACAAUCGCUCGUUGGUACGGCUCAGUUGUGGCUGAGAUCGGAGGAGACGUACAAAACAUUCGAGGAACUAAAUGCCGCCUUACAAAAUGAAUUUCCUGAUGAAUUAAAUAGCAAGGAAAUGCACGAGCAUAGAUACCCAGAAGAAGAAAAUGACAGCCAUAGAUGCAAUUCAGGUGAAAAAGAACUGAGUGACAGCCCAGAAAUGUCAAACAAAAACAGUUGCUUCCAAGACAUUGAAAACAAACAAAGAUUUCAGAAUGAAAAGGAGAAACAGAUUUUUUUUUGCGAAAAACCUGUAUACGAUACGGAUUGUGAUUCCCAUAUUGUAAAAAGCGACGAUGAUAUGAAGAUAAUGAAAGAUGCACCAAUUGAUAUGACGAUCAAUCUCAUUUAUGAUAUCCCUGUAGUACAGCGGUUGACGCGUAUAUCAUCGAUGGAACAGAAGUUAGCGGAGGAAGAAGUAGUAGAAUGGUUGAGGGAGAGUAUCAUUGAAGAACGUUACUCAGCAUAUUCUAGUCCUCUGGUGCCGGUGACAAGGAGAAAGACAAGGAAGGUGAAAAAGUUUAGAAAUCAAGUAGUACCGAGGCGAAGAAGGAUAAGAAGGCGAGUGACAAACGAGAGAUUAAAAAUAAGAAGAGAAUCGAUACACGAGAUUAAAAAGAUGAAAGGAAAGAAAGAAAAGAAGAUGAAAAGAAAGAAGACAAGAAAGAAGAAAAGAAAGGAAGUGAUAUUGGGAGAAAGAAAGAUAAAAGUGAUGAUGAACGAAUGAUGACGAAUGUGUGUGUUUUAAGUUGUAAUGCCGUAUUUGUUUAUUAUUAUUAUUAGUUAAGGUGUAAUGCCGUAUUUGUUUAUGUUUAUUAGUUAAGGGGUUAAUCAUUUAAGUUGGUUUAAAUGCACAUGCUGAGGGCAGCAUGUAAGCAGGAUGGCCGAGUUGUAGGAAUGGAGCAUUAUCAUUUAUUAUUAUUUGGAUGAACAGAGUGUGUGAAGAAAGGAA